AUGAAAUUACUCAAUAUUAUUUUAUUAACACUUUCUUACGCUACACUGUUAGAUGGAGGUUACUUUAUAGUUAUUCCAUUCAGACAGUUAAUGUUAAAGGGUAGAAGUUAUUUUGAAUAUAAUAAAAGACAAUUCGAAAGUAGAAAACAAAUGGUUGAUUCUAUUUUAUUGGAUCAUAGAUAUAUACCAAAGCAAAUAUUACUUUUGUGUCCAAAAGGUUUAAUUGCAGACAAUCGUACAUAUCUUUUGAAAAAAAUUUCUACAUAUCAAUUACCUUAUUCUUCGAAUACUAAAACAUAUACUGUCUCAAAAUCUGAUGUUCUUAUAGAAGAAAUUCCACAAGUGAAAUCAAUGAAAUAUGAAUGCAACAAAAAUAUUUUUCCGGAUUAUAAAUCAGCAGUAUCUUAUGCUAGUGAUUUAAUAAAAUAUUCUAAGUUUAGAAUACCAGAUAGAUUUUUAGGACCAAAUGAUCAGAGUAAAGCAAUUUGGCUUACUUUGUGGAAAAGUUGUUGUUUUGCUUGUUUCUCUCAAAAUGGUUAUAAUGUUUUAAGAAUGAAUAUAUUAAAUGAAAUUAACAAACGUCGAAGAAUUAAAAAAAUAGGACCAUUAGCUUUAAAUAAAUAUCUAAAUUUGUAUGCUAAAAAACGUGCCAUGGAAACUGCGAAUUUAGUAUUACCUUCAAUUCGUUCAAAUGAUGAAAUUACUGAUUCUAUAAGUGCUCCUAUGGCUACUUUAAUUGUUAAAAAAUGGUAUGAUGGAUCACAUACUACUAAUUCUUUAAAUAAUGUUGGUACAACAGAACAUAUUAAUGCUCAAAAAUGUAGUAAUUCAAAAUAUCACAAAAUUGGUAUUGGAAUUUUUAAGAAAGGAACUAAACUUUACAUUGUUUUAAAAUUCAGUUAG